AAUAGAUUUUUUAAAAGUAAAAAUUGAAGAACGAAGUAAUCACCUGACAUUGACUCACACAAAUCAUCUGAAAAGCAAGAAAGUUUUAAAAGAAAUAUCCAAAUAAAAUUUGGAAUAGUUUGAUUUGCAUAAUUUUGAGAUAUGCUUAUCUUUUGAAGGAUAAUGGCUUUAAUUGGUUGAACAAUUUUAUUCAGUUAGUUUUCCAUUUUUGUGCUUGAACAUCUAACCAUUUUUUUAAACAGAUAUAUCUACCUGAUUUAGAAAGAUGAAUGAAAAUAAACAAGAGGUACUGGACAAAGAGGUUGAGCCAGAAGCUGCAGAAAUAACGGCGAUGCAGCAAAAGAUGAAACCAGAGGAGGAAAUUCCGAUCUAUGAUGACAAAAUGGAUAGCGAGGAGAUUACAAAAUCUAAUAAGGUAUCUGAAGUGCAAAAAAAAAAGGCCAAAAAAGUUAAGACAGUAAUGUUGAGAAGAGAAAUUGGCCUUUUUAGCGCUGUCGGACUAAUUGUCAGUGUUAUGAUUGGGUCUGGUAUAUUCAUAACUCCAAAAAGAGUAAUCGAAAAAUCAGGUUCGGUCGCGUUAUGCUUAAUAAUUUGGGCUGUUUGUGGCAUAAUAUCAUAUAUUGGAGCACUUGCGUUUGCAGAGUUAAGCAUUGUUGUCCCAAGCUCUGGUGCAGAGUACGCAUAUUUCCAAGCCGCUUUUACAAAUCUCCAUCGUUUUUUCGGCUCGCUCCCAAGUUUCAUAUAUGUUUGGGUUAUAGUUUUAUUGGUGAGGCCAGCAGAGGUGGCUAUCCUUGUUUUAACUUUUUCAGAAUAUGUUUAUUCUCCGAUAAUAAAAGCUCUUAAUGUACAUCUUUCUCCUUCUGUAGAGCUAAUUCUCAAGAAACUGAUUGCACUAUUUGCAAUUACUUUGAUAACUUAUAUCAAUUACAUGAGUGUAAAACUAUACGUAAAAAUACAAAAUAUUUUCUCCUCGCUCAAAGUCCUCGCUUGCGUAGCUGUCAUUUUUGGUGGAAUAUAUUGUCUAGCAAGAGGAAAUGUUGAACAUCUGAAAACAGGAUUUCAAGGGACUAGUACAAACGUUAAAGAUCUUGUUUUAGCUAUCUUCAACGGUUUGUGGGCAUAUGAUGGCUGGACAUCUGUGACUGUUGUGACUGAAGAAAUAAAACAACCUCAAAAAAAUAUUCCAAUGAGCAUAUCAAUAGGUGUGCCAUUAAUUACUAUCUUAUAUUUUAUGAUGAACGUUUCUUAUUUUUCUAUAUUGAGCCCUCAAGAAAUCAUUGCAUCACCGGCCGUGGCUACUUUAUUCGCCGAAAAACUAUUCGGACCGGUUGCAUUUAUCAUACCGCUUGCUGUUGCCUUUUCGACAUUCGGCUGUGGCAUGAGCGUCCAAUUCGGCGUUGCAAGACUGUGUUUGGCCGCUGGACGAGCAGGGCAUUUAAUCAGCUGCCUAUCUUUCAUCCAUAUUCGAAAAAUGACUCCUGCUCCAGCAGUGAUGUUACAAGGUAUUCUGGCAAUAGUGUUUAUCAUGAUUGGGAACAUCACCGCUUUAAUUGAAUUCGUUGGGUUUCUAAUAUGGAUAUUUUACGGACUGGCAAUGGUUGCUCUUUUAAUAAUGAGACAUACAAAACCUGAUGUUAAUAGGACUUAUAAAGUUCCUCUUUUUAUACCAAUCUUCAUAUGCGGUUUGUCUUUAUUUCUGGCAAUCGUCCCAUUAGUUUUAGAACCGGCGCCACAGUAUAUUGGAGCGAUGAUUUUCAUUGCUCUUGGAACUUUAGCUUAUUACAUAUUUAUUUACAAAGCAAUGCACCCAAGUUGGACAGGAAAAAUCACUUGUAUCGUCCAAAUUUUAUGCAGUUCAAUACCCGCAGAAGUUCAGCCGGAGAAUUUUUCCAGUCUUACGCUCGUUAAAAGCACCGAGGAAAAAGAAAAAGAAUAAUUUUUAUAAUUCAUUCCAAUGCUUCUGUUUUAUAAUUCCAAUGUUUGAAUAUACAAACUGCAAAGUUGUUUAAAAAUUGUUUUAUCUGUGUUGAUAUUUAUUUAAUUAAAAUAAUGUAAAUAUCAGAAUAUGUAGAAUAAUUAAAGUAACAUCCAUAAAUAGACAAUCAUGAAUUGUUGAAUGAGAACAAUGUGUAAUAGCAAAUCCACAAAAAAUAUAAAUUUAAAAUUUCAAGGUUAAAAAACAAAAAAUUGCCUCUAAUUGUGUUAUAACUGCUGUCUGCAUACCCUUGUACAUGAAAGCCUAUGUAGGUCGUCCACCAGUGACCACUCCUUGGGGACAGCCUCUUGUAUUGUAAACUUUAAACUUUUCAUCCUUAAAAUCCUCAUCUUAAUGUACGUUGAAAUAAAUGAGUUGAAAAUAAUUGUUAAGGCAAAAGUUAUAAGGAAUUUUUUUAAAUGUAGGCUGUAAAUCUUACAGCUCGCCUACUCAAUAGGGAAGAAAGGAACAUUCCUAAAAAUCUAAAGGGUGUAGAAACAUGACAAGCAAAUAAUUAAAAAAAAAAAAAUAA